CACGGGCUUAGCAAUGCACAAUGACAUCCCCCCAAACACACACAUACGCACUAGACACGGCAUACACGGCUCCGAAAGAGUGAGACCCACUUUUCUUCAGUGUUGGUAGAAAGAGAAGGCGGAUCGCUCGUAUUCCCGAUCGUCGUACAAUGCCUCCUCAUCUCGCUCGUACGACGUCACCUCAUCUACCGUCUCGGCCGUAUAGACGAUCUUCACCUAUCAACCGAGACGAUCUUGACCAGCAACAACGUCCUAUAAGGUCGAGCGAUCUCACCAUCGAGCAAGCCCUCGCCGACAAGGAAACGGCCGCGGCAGUUGCGGCUCUGACUUCGGUACAAACCCAACGAUUCUUGCGCUCUGAGAACAGAGACAACUCGCCUACAGAGGAUCGAUCGAGAGAAUCGAGUCGGGGCAGAUCGUCCAACAUGGAGGGCCAACACAAUCCUUAUCAGUACAUGGAGCAGUCUAAACCUGCCGUGGACUCGUCCGGCAACGUCAUAGGAGAUGUGGAUCCCUGGGGUAAAGCGCCGCCAUUUCAAUACGGCUCGCCUUUAAACUCUCUCGAAGAUAUCCCCAACUUUACCAAGACGUACCAUGCGAUGUCGGAACAGAACCACAUGAACAUAUCAGGGCAGGUCAGCGGUUCGUCCAUGGGAGAGCACGGCCAGAACAAGAAACGUAGGAUCGACCCACAGGACCAUCUACAAUCCUAUACACCACAAUAUGGUCAAUACCAGUCCAGCAGCAACUCUUCAUCCCAUCAUCUAGGACGUUUACCCACAUUCACCGAGCCUGGGCAAAGCAGUAGCAACGCCAGCGUCGACGUCAAUAACGGUGCACACAACUCUUACGACGCCGAAGACUCUGAUCCGUCCGAUCCGAACGACCCUAAACGUCGCAAAGUCCAGCGAGCUUGCGACUUGUGUCGAAGGAAAAAGAUACGGUGUGACGGAGCGCACUCGUCGAGGAGGAAUAAAAAGUGCAGCAAUUGCGUCGAAAGCAAGACCGAUUGCACUUACGUGGAGGCGGCCAAGAGACGAGGUCCGCCUCUGGGGUACAUCGAGACGCUCGAAUGGAAGGUCUCCAAGCUCGAAGCUCUGGCUCAAAAGCUCAAACCAUCGAUCGAUAUGACGAGCGAAGUAGGACCCUCGAUCUCCCGCGAUACCUUUGACCUCGACCUGUUCAAGAUGGCCUUGUUGUCUCUCGACAUCCCGUACAACCCACCGUCCAGCCGGUCGAAAGGUUCUCGAGCUGCAGCUUCGAAAGACGCCAACUCGCAACGAAGUCGCAAGAGCGGCAAGGACGUCCAGGAGACGGCAGAGGUCGGCACCGCAGCUGCACAGACUGCUGGAAGCGGAAUACCUAAGGGCGAAACCUGGGAAGACGUCAAGGCGGCUUGUCAUCAGAACAUGCAGAUCUCAGUCAUGGGGAGCGACCUCCAACAUCCAUCUUCAAAAAGCACGGACAUGAUCGGUUGGUCCACACCCGAAGUGCCGAAGAAUAACACAGCGCCAACGCCUACCAAGGAGGAAGAACAAGAGCAUGAAGAGAAAGAAGAAGCAGAGACGCAGAAGUUCGUUGAUCAGCUAGCAUGUCAGAAUCCUUCAGAGGGAUACAGGUAUUUAGGAAAGAGCUCGGGUGUGCAAUUUCUCAGGUCGGCUAUGGAUUACAAAGCCGCUAUGGCAGGAGAGAAUGCGGGAGGUGCCGACUCGAGGCGACUUCGGUACUGGGCCCUGCCCAUUUGGGAAGCCAGCACUGCUGAACACAAUGGGACAAGCAUCGAUCUCUCUCGCUGGCCGAAGCCCGAGCUGGCACAAGCGUUAAUCGAUGCCUACUUUCAGCACGACAAUAUCACCUUGCCGCUCUUGAACAGGAUCAUAUUCCAGAAAGACUUCGACAAAGGUCGUUGGAAAAAGGACAUCUCGUUCGCCCAAGUCUGCUUGCUGCUGUUCGCCGUCGGUUCGAGGCAUAUCGAGCAUCCCGACGUGUAUUGGCAUGCAGGCGACGAAGCGGCCGGACGUGCUGCUAUGGCCGACAUGGAGAUGUACCGACAUUCAGCCGGUUGGCGCUGGAUGGAAGCCGUGGUCAAGACCGGAAAGUCAUUCUUGAAGCCGGCCACUUUGGAGGAUUUGCAGAUCGUGACUCUAUGCGCCGUCUUCACUUUGCGAAGCGCAGUCUUCUCCACGGUAUGGGCAGUAGUCGGAAUGGGAUUGAAAAGCGCGAUAGAUAUCGGGAUGCACACUCGCGUCGGUCUGCAGCGGUGUUCAUCCGUUGCCGAAGCAGAGCUAUACAAGAGGACGUUCUGGACGCUGAUUACACUCGAUAGAAUGAGUUGUGCUGCCAUGGGGAGGACGCUGUCGCUACGAGAUGAAGAUUUCGACGUCGAUUACCCACUUGAUGUCGACGAUGAAUAUUGGGACACGGGCAACCCGAAGACCGAUUUUAUUCAGCCUGCCGGAAAGACCAGCAAAAUAGCCAUGUUCAUCUCGUCUUUGAAGCUAGGACGCAUUACGGCCUUUGCAAUCAUGAAUGUGUAUACUGUCAACAAAUCUGUGCGUGGAAAAGAAGCCGAAAACCCGGAAUACCAGAAGAAACUUGUCGCAGAUCUCGACAGCGAUCUGUACGCGUGGCUGGAUUCUGUCCCCUUGCAUCUCAAAUGGGACCCGGAGCGCACCGAUCCGAUCUUUUUCCAGCAGAGCGCUGUGCUGUACGCCAAUUACUACUUCGUCCAGAUUUUGAUCCACCGACCGUAUAUUCCGACCGGUCGUACAGCUCCCAGCGUGGCAGCUUUGGCUCUCCCGUCCCUGGCCAUCUGCACCAACGCCGCUCGCGCGUGUGCUCGGAUUGUCAACGCGUCCUGUCAAAGGAAUCUCAUUCAACAUCAGUUGUGCAUGCCCGCAUUCACGGCGGCGAUUGUUCUGCUGAUCGGGGUCUGGGGAGGGAACAAGUUGGGGUCCGCGGGAGGAGACAAGACAUCGACAUUAGAGGACGUGAGAAGUUGUCUUAGGUGCCUCAAGAUGAGCGAAUCCUGGUGGCGGGGUGCUGGGCGGAUGCGAGACAUCCUGAUGGAACUCGCAAACUGGUCAGACACGUCGAUCGAUACCCCUACCCCGGGUCCAUUCCACGACCCACAACGAGGCAGGACAGCCAUGGGAUACCGGACCGAGCCAUCUUCAGAGACUUCAUCUCCCCUAGGUCCCGGCCAGAACGCCGCGCGUCCCCGGUCUGAUAUCGGGCUCGAUCUGAUGUCCGGUGCCAGAGACCCCGCGGUGGUGGCUACACGGCCCAUGUCUCAGCCUCCUCCUUCGAGCGCCGGGUUCACAGGCGAGACAACCUUUGUCCCGGAAGAUGUCAGUCUCCCGUGGUGGUUCGUCUCACGUGAGAACGGAAUUCAGGGUUUGGAAGGGGCCGUGAGCCAUCCUAUGAUGGCGUCCGGAGCGACGGCGGUGAAUCAGAACAUCAACGGGGUCGAUUACCUGCCAGAUACGUUCGGCUUCAUGCCUCCGCCUCAGAACAAUCUUGGUCGUGUUCCCCUCGGCCCGAACAUGAACCAAAGCAUGCAGAACAACCGUUUCCAGCCGAUGAACUUUGGUUCGCCUGCAGGCGGGUCGGGUAACCUUGGUUAUGGACAUGGUUUCGGGAACAGUAGCAAUGGCAACACCAAUAUGCCUCCUCCUGUGACAGGCACAACCUCUGUGCCGAAUGUCUCGAACGAGUUUUGGUCCAUGCAGGAUCCAAACGCUCUGGAGAUGAGCGGUGUUCUCGCCGAUAUCUGGAGUAUGGCUCCGUCGACGUUCGAGAUGGAUCAAUGGUCUCUCUACUUGUCGCAACCGCAUCCGACCGAGGGAACGCCUAGCGUACCUGCUCAAGGCUUUGCGCACGAACCCUUUUUCGGGUAGACGCAAAGUAGCCGGGUCGCAACGCAGCUACAUUCGGAACUGGGUCUCCUCUUUCAUUCUCGGCCUGUCGCCGUCCUCUGAUGUAUCCGUAGAACAUAUACCCCCAUCUCUCGCUCGCAUCAACCACGCCCGCAUGCAUCAUGAAGUGUCGCAUCGUGUCUCUCUCGCGAUCUCCA